GAUAGAGUUGCCCGCGAAUAUUCGCUUCCCGCGAAAAUUUCUGUCACUGGUGAGCGGUGGGUGAGGGACCUAGUGAAUGUGUUGGGCAGUGGUAGCUGUCAUAAACAAUCAGUGAGUGUGUUACGUGGUCGUUAGUCGCUGCUCGUUGCUGUCCAGUGUGAGCGAAAUAUAUUCAUUGUGCGAAAUGAAUCGCAAACAAUGGUCUCUCGGCCAGGGCCGUCGAUCUUCGGCGCCCAAGCGGUUUUCUGCUGCGUUAUCGGAAACAGAAGAUAAAAAUAAAAAUGUUUGUGAUGGAAAGAAGUCUUUUAUUCCAAGACCUACUUGUGUGUCAUCACGCUCUUCAUCAGUGGAGAGAGAAGGUCUUCAAAGUUCUUCAAGGUGUACCCAAAAAUUUGUGAGAAGUACCUCUGUGGAAUCUGUUGAUGACAUUGCAAGAUCUGGAGGCCGCUCAAGAUUCACUGAAUCUGCAUUUACUCCUAAGCAUUUAAUGAAGACCCAUGGAGGCAGAAGUACAGUUAGUGUUCAAAGAACUGUGAGGAAAGAUACACGGCCUUUAUCGGAUAGAGCUUUCCAGUUAGCAGAACUAGCAAAGGUUGAAGAAUACCUUGUGGCAAAAAAAAUAAUAAAUCCUGGGCCAAGUUUAAGUAAUUCCAUGACAUUGAAGUUGUUUGUUCAUAUAAUGAAUUCCCUUCUUAAUGAGUACUUUCCAAAACAGCAGCUCACAUUAUCAAACUACAGUGAAUUAAUUCCUUUAUUAAUGAGGAAAUUGAAGUACCCUGGAAAUGUCACUCGAUCUUGGCUUGUAACAGCCAACUCUUCACACUCGUGGCAUAAUGUCCUUGGUUUGCUGUCAUGGCUAGUUAACUUAUCGACUCUUACAUCAUCAGAUCUGAAAUAUCUUGCUGAGGAUGAUGGAGAAAUUGAAAGUGUGCUAGAUUGUGAGAAAGCAAAAAAAUUAUUUGAGUUCACAUCGCGGAAGUAUGCUGAAUGGAGUGAAAAUUAUCAUAUGCCACUAAGGACUGAAGAUGAUGAUCAAUUUUUUGAUGACCUUGUUGCAGCCACAGUGAAUCCAUUAAAGAAAAAUGUAGAAGAAGCUAAGAAGGAAGUACAGGAGCUUGAAAAUAUGUUAAAAGCAACUGAAAAUACUGAAGAAUACGUCACAGAACAAAAGUACAAGGUGGUAAAGACAAAUUUGGAAAAGAAGAAGUCUGAAAGAAAGACUCUUAAGGAGAGUCUUGAAAAUUUAAAGCUUGGUUUAGAAAAAAUGAAAAAUGAAAUGCAAGUCUUGUUGAGUCAAAAUGGUAAACUGAAACAGUGCAUUGCGGAUUAUGACUGUUCCAGUUCAUUGAAUGCAGAGGAUGUUGCUAAGUUAGAGUCUGAGACAGUGGCACUAAGAAACGUUAUCAAAGUGCGUGAAAGUCAGCUUACUGACAUAAAUACUCAGUGUUAUUCAUUGGACCUGGCAACUGCUCGUUCACAAGGAAAGUUGGAUGAAGUAAGGCUGAAACGUGAGGCUAUCUUACGACAAUGUACUUCUCAAUACAUAAAUGUGGAAGAAUUUCAACUUCAUUUGAAUUAUGGAAAUAAAGAUAAUCCUAAAAUUUUGAAUGAAUACCUUGCUAAUGUAAAGAAGACUAAGCUCCAUCUUGAUAACAUUUUAAAAGAAUACAUUGAAAAAGAGAAUUCCUGCAAACUGCAAAGAAAUGAGACUGAAGAAAAGAUAAAAUCACAUGAGUGUGAUGUACACAAAAAACAAAUGGAAUUACAACAACUUGAUCUGAAGCUUGCUGAAUUAAAAAAUAAAUCUUCUGAUCUCCACCGUCAGAUAAGAAAUUUGAAGGAAGAAUAUUGUAAAGUGAAAGAAAAACUUAUCUCGUCAAAACACCGUGAAGAAUCUCUGUCCAGUAAUCUUUCAGAUUUACAAGAGGAGUUAAGAGUUCUUGAGGAAACAGCUGUAGAGCAAGAAUCAAUGUAUACGCAAGUAUUGGAACGUAUGUGCGAGGCAUUACGCAAUCAUGUUAAAAGAUGCCAAGAACUUGUUAUGUCUGUGUUGUCUUAAUAGUAAGUUAUUAUGUGAAUGUGUUUUAUUUAGACUCCUAUUUACGUUUUAAAUAAAGGAUUAUAGCGAAAUUUCCAAGUUCU